AUUACACAGUGCGCACAAUGUUUGAACUGAUUAUUUUAUUUCUCGUAGCUACUGCAACCGAUGGUCACCCGUCGUCCGUCAGUCGAAAUGAAACUUUGAUUCGCACGACUGGCCACCACGGUCGUAUCGUAGGCGGCGAAGAGGCCUCGAUUGAGAAUCAUCCCUGGCUCGUUUCUCUGCAAGCUCUGGGCUUUCACGUUUGCGGUGGCAGCAUCAUAUCCGAAACGCUCGUGCUGACUGCCGCUCACUGCACCAAGUACUCGGUCAAAUGGCUGAGCGUGAGGACGGCCAGCUCGACAAAACAGGCCGGAGGAGUGGUGCAUCGGGUCGACGAGAUUCUGCGGCACGAGCUUUACGCCACCAACUCUUUUGGCAUCCCCGUGAAUGACCUGGCCAUUUUGCGGCUGAGAACGUCCAUCGAUUUCGACGCGGGCAGUCGACCGAUCUCUCUGUUCGACUACGCCGAGGACGUGGCCGAGGGCAGCCUCUUGACGAUCACCGGCUGGGGCUCGUUGGGCGAGGGAGGCCCGGCGACCGAAACCCUGAGAAGCGUCCAAGUUCCCGUCGUGUCGAAAGCUCGCUGCGGCGAGACUUACGAGAUGUGGGGAGGCUUGCCCGAGGGCCAGAUCUGCGCGGCUUACGCCGAAGGUGGAAAAGACACGUGUCAGGGUGACUCAGGCGGUCCAUUGGUGCUCGAUGGACGACAAGCUGGGAUCGUUUCGUGGGGAAACGGCUGCGCCAAAAAAGGAUAUCCCGGGGUCUACACGGAGAUAGCCUACUUUCGCAAUUGGAUAAGCGAGAAAACUGGAAUUUAAUCACGAAAUAAUUGUCACACAUAAUCUGAUUGCGACAUUCUUACACAUUUUUACUUUGUAUUUCUAAUUCAUAAUUCGGAAUGAAAAUUCGAUACGAGAAAUUCAGCGUUGCUAAUUUGGUUAACUCGCACAGAUGCACUUGCACAGCCUUGCGUGACCCUCCUUAGCCAGAGGCACUCAAACGAUCAUAAUGUGUCUACAUUACGUAAGUUAACAGCGGCUAUUUUGAUUUCUCCUGUCGUUGCACAUGCAGCCACAGGUACAUUAUACGAGAGAAGAGUCAAGUGGGUGUACGCAUCGCCGCACU